UUGGCCCCAAAAUAACUAGUAGUACAAUACAGGUGGCCUUGGACAUUAGUUGUGGGCUCUUCUACUCUCCUUAGAUCUCAAACUCCCUCUUGUCUCUGCACAUUCCUUCCUCAGAAAAGCAACAUAUAUAUAACUUUCCAAGUAUACUUUCAGACUUAUAUAUGCUCCUUACUUUAUUAGUUUAUACACUUUGCCUCAUCUUUCUCCAUUUCUUUACUCCUCUCCACUUUCUACCUUGUUUCUUGCCAACAAUGAACAUCUAUAGAGAUGAGCACAAUCCGUGCUGCUAUUUCCACCCGAAAGAAGCGGUGACGGGGGUAUGUGCCCCUUGCUUGAGGGAGAGGCUCCUCAGUUUAGCAUCAAAGCAUGGCAAUCUUCCCGUGUCCAGAGACAGCAGAUCAUUCAGAGUUCUCAGGAGGAGACCUGCGAUUACGCUUCCUAAAGUUUUCGCUUUGGGCUCGCUCCUUCUAAGACUUGAGUCUCGGCGAAAGAAGCCUGACGAUGAUGAGUCUGAUCCAGGCUCCAUUGACAGUCUUGAAGAUUCAUUCAUAUCGAUCAAAUUCGAAGACAACGGGCAAGCAUCAUGGGAGAGCAAGCAGCAGGAGAUCACAAGGCAAUCAUCAACAGAGGCCAAGGCACAAAAGAGGGUGAUUGAACAUGUAAAGCCGAGAGGUCCGCUGAGGUGGCGGAAGCGGAUUGGCCAACUGCUCCAGCUGGCACGUUGGAAGAGGUCCAGCAAGGCGGGGGCGAGCCACGUGGGCCUAGCGGGUAAGGUAGAAGGGAGGAGAGGUUGGAUAAGAAGUCUAACGAGAAAGAGGACCACAGAGUAGAAGAAAAAGAUAGAAAGAUGUGUUGAGUGAAAGAGAUGCUCACCUUUCACUACCAAAUUUCAUGCACAUGGUCACAUAUUGGAAAUCAUAUAGUAUAUACUUAUAUAUAAUGUUUCAUGUGUGUGAUGGAGUUGCAUGUAGAGAGCUUUUAACAUUACCAAAGUAUAGUCAUACAGUGACGUUGGCGGUAUGUGACUCUGAACUUACUAGUACUGUAGUUGUACUGUUGCAAAUAAACC